AUGGGCGACAACUACCCGGCCACCACGAUGAGCGAUGAUCCUGCCGCCAACGCCCCCGAUGCUGCUACUUUCGGCAAGGGCAAGGGCAAGGCCACUGAAGACCCUACUGCCAUGGAUGUGAGCAUGGACGAGGAGGAAGAAAGUGAUGGCAGCGAAAGCGAAGAGAUGGUAAAUGAAGAUGACGACGACGAUGACCAGGACAAUCUCGAACCUAUCUCCUCCGACAACAUCAUUCCCACAGGGCGUCGCACACGCGGCAAAACCAUCGACUUCCAGGAAGCCGCCGAGAAACUCGGGGCUGAUGAGAUGGACGAUGAGGAUGAGGAUGAUGACGAGGAUUUCACACCCCGGGACGAGUCCAACUCGAUGCACGAGUAA